AUGCCGACCUAUUCAGAGGACGGCGAUGGCAUAAUGGGUGAAAGUACCUAUGAGAUCCUCACAGACUCUACCCUCCUUACAGACGACGAAGAUGAUGCAUCAUCAGUUGCUUCUUUGGACGAAAACAGUGAAGAAGAAGACAGUGCAUCUGCCGAAGAUGCUGAGUCUCUCGCAGAGUUUCCUGUCGAGACACAACAUAACGAUCCCCAUCCAGGAAUCCCAGCAUUCGGUGGGUUAGACGAGCAGCCCCUCGAAUGUAGUGGAAUGACCAUGAAAUCGGACGGAUCAAUCUCGGAGCAGAUUACCUUUGAAGAACCGGAAGAGUUUGCCGGCGAACAAAUCUCGGUCAGCCACAGUAUCUGCAACUUCAACGAGGCUGAGACUAGCGAGAUCAACACUCACAUUCGGGUUGAAGAACCUCCACCAACAAAGCUUUUUGCUACCGUCCGCCAGACUAUGAGCAAGUCUCAGCUUAUCAUGAAUGAACCAUUCCGUGUUCUUUAUAUUGGAUCCACAGUGGCCAAGGAUGACAUAAUUACAAAGCUAGGUGGUGCCUUGGCUGUACCUAUUACAGAAUCGACAAGCUCUCUAAGCUCUUGGGAAUCUGGAUCCAAAGGUUCCCGUUUCAAUGUCAUUCCUGUUUCCUCUUUCGGGACUCGUAGCUGCUCACCUGAGGUCGAGCUGGUCGAGUCCUUCGGCGUGGAGAUGGCUGUAGAUGUAUGUACAACUGCAAAGUCUUCUAAACGGGAAAAUCGUCCGGACAACAUCUGCCUAUGGUUGAACGGUAAUCAAUCGGUGCAAUCUACCUAUGGCGAUGAUGGUCCUGAGAUCACAACUCCUGGAUGGAAGCUCCCUCACCUUGCAGUCGUCUUCUCUUCGGAUGACGAUAAUACACAAAGAAGAAUGACCAGAGUUUAUGCAAGGUCCUUCAUGGCUAGGCAUUCCGUCCCGACUCUUGUUAUCUCACAGAAUACGCUUUAUCAUAAGCCUACCGAGAAUUUCGCUCUCGACACGCGCAGUGUGCAUAUGUGUCUCGAAUCCCAAUCGGAGUCGAAAUAUGGUAACUUGGUGCAUAAACGUCUUCCUGUUGAUCUGUCCACUUUCCUCAAUCUCGAUGUUCGCCAGUUGAACCGAAACUUGGCUUGUAUCACUGGCAUUUCUUCAAGCCAGGAAAUCUCUCCAGCGCCAGUUGGCAGAACGCGUACGUCCUCCUCCGCUUUGUUCAACCCAUUAAUGCGAGAUGUAGAAAAAACCCCUCACCGUCAAGACGGUAACGCUACGGGCUCCUUGUACUGGAUCCGUGAGCAGAAGCGUGAUGAUUUGUGGAAGUUGUUCCUUGUUGGUUGGGUGUUUGUAUGUGGGCUCGCUGGGGCGACGUUCGCAAUCGCAUAUAUGAAGUUUUCGAAGUCAUCCAUGGAAGUGGAGGACGUCACAGAGACUGUGAUCAAGGCUGUUACCGCGAUCACGGCUACCUCUACGGCGACCUUGGCCGUUCCCACAUCAAUCUCGGCAUUUACGUCCAUUUAUACCGCGAUGCAGUCUGCCCCAAGUAUUUCUACUGCAUGCGGGCCAAAAAUGGACAUUUCGAGUCUUAUUUAUGACUCCUCAUUGCUCUCGUUGAACGAAUCUGAUCAAUUCAGCAUUCAUGUCAUCGGUGACAAUCAUAUACUUGUACGUCCUCCGCAAAAGUACUUGCUUCUCAAGAAACCGCCAGCCCUUUUCGUCGAGGUUACUCGAGGCGGUGCGAAGAUCGAAGCCGAGCUCUCGAAACCUUUCGACGGGGUUUAUACCUUGAAGCUGGAUGCCGAGGAGGCUUGGGGUCUGAUGAACGUUUCGCUCUGGACGAAGCAAAAGCCUGUGAUGAAGGAAACCCUCGAGGUUGACUUUGGGUCUCCAUGGCUUAAGCUUUCGGGAUGGAAGAAGGUUGCUGGGCAGAAGAAGACGGAGUUACAGACUCUCAUUGAACAGGCAAAGACGGACGCAAACCGCAUCGCAAGCGACUUCAGCCAAAUCGCAGGGCAACAGGCAUUGGAGGUCAAGGGCCUGUUGGUUUCAAAGGCUAGAGAGCUUACCAAAGGCGUUACAAUGAUUUACCGAGGCACACGGGAGAUCAAUGUCAAGCGUCUUUUCAACUCCGCGCCCCCUUCGGUCUAUGUGCAGACAGCCCAGCGCCAGGCAAAGAUCGUUUGGGAAAAGAAGGUCGCAGAUAUGGCUGAGACCACAGCGGAAGCCAAGAAGCGCGGCUGGUUGCGGAGAUGA